UUCCGCCUGUCAAGGCGCAAAAGGCAAGCUUCAUCAUUCGGUGUCUCCACAUAUGUCCAGCAUACUAACGUCUCAUUUAGACCGAAAGAUCGCACGAGGAGAACCAAGAAAGGGCAUAUAUAGCCGCAUCACGACGAGCAGAUCGCAGUUUGGAGGCUCGGGUUCAAUCAGCCAAGAUGGCUUCUGAUAUUCAUCGGAAGAGGACAGGUCGUGGUUUAAAAGUCAGCGAGGAGAUUGUGCUCAAGGAGGAGAUGUAUGAAGAGAUGGAAGAUGACAUGCCGCGUUCCUACAAGUCUCUAGCAGCUCAUCUUCAGACCCAUUCGCCCGAGCUGAAUCACCGUGUCAGUGCGUAUAUUGCGAGUCAAACAGCGAUGGCGACUAUGGCGAAGUACAAUGAAAUCAACAGGAUGUUUAGCGAGGCGUUUCCCCGUGCUGCCAGCUUUUCUCAACAGACGCAGCAUUCAAAUUACAUGUCACCCCUUGUGGCUGGUCAUCAUCGCUCAGCGUCCGUUCCGGAACUAGCAGGGUCACCGAUUUCUAGAACGCACUCCACGUCAGCACUGUCCCACACGCCAAUGGCGGAUAAUUCGAUGCCGAGUUUGUCGCCAGCUCAUAGCCCAAAUGAUGGAGCCGUUCCAACACCUGAGCUCAGUCCCGUUACCACGUCUACAGAUAUCACGGAGUUAAAUGGCACGCCAUACCAAAUGCCUCAAUCUCCCUUUCCAUGUCUUCCUCUCGACCCACAGCUGGCUCAGCAGCCAACAUCUAGCUUCACAUCGGAACUGCCAAAUGAGGUCAAGAUGAUGGCCAAUAUCGACAUGACAGAUCCGAUGGCCAUGCACUUCUUCGGAGAUGACACUUCAUCAGUAAUGGGCAUCCCUGAUGAAUUUAGUGGAGGUGUCUCAUCUUACAACCCUUUCAAUCCCAAUGAAUUGGACAGCUGUGACGGUUCCAAACCUUCCACCGACUACUACGACGGGCUGUUCUCACCUCUGGACACCUCAUUGGAUUUCAAGGAGGGACCUUCCAGUACUUUCCCACAUUUCGGAACCCCGGGUUGUGGUGCUCCCGGGAUGGAAGGCUGGGAGUCAUUCGUGGAUUUCGAUACAGAGCAAUAAUGAUUUUUGACCAUUCUAAUGAGCACGGGAAGUCCUACAAGCUGGACUUCCUCGGCAUUACGACUUUGCUUUCUACGCUAUGAAUUAUUUCAUCUUUUAUGCCAGCGAUACCAUGUUAUGAUUUAUGUCACCUUUUAGGGUAUGACACCGGCCUAGAUUAGAUGCUGAAAGGCGUUGUUGGGGCAUCAAAAUUUACGCUUUGGAUUUUUAUGAUUAACACCGAGUUCUAAUUGGCUGUGCCGUUGGGCACUCGAACGAAACUCGACACGUCGACUUGAUCCGCUCACAAGCACGGCUUUGCACAUACCAGGUUCGCAUAUCGACAUCUCUUCGAUUGUCGACGCAUUUCUAUCAUUGGUCAGCUGGGAAGUUGCCUAAAACAACCUUGGAUACACGCCUAUAUAUGGCAACUGGUAUUAUUGGAGAUUACGAUCUCAAGGUCACAUGAAUCUCUGCAAAAGACAGAGCCAUCUCAUCUCAGGCCGUCGAACGACGUAAGGCGCCUUACGAUUUUGAAUGCACUGAAUUGGUCUGUGGCUUGAUGGCUAUCCGGGUUUUACAAAAUUAAAAUGCCACACAAAGAAGGAAAAACAAAUAAAUAGCUGAAAAAAACUUAGAAAUAAAAACCCAAAAUGUUUUAAUUAAAAAUAUAAAAAA